CGACACAACACGAAGCGUGAUUUAUGGAGUUUGUUGCGCGUGUUGUGCAUUUUUCUACAAAAUAAAGCAGUUUUAUGCAAAAAAGAAAUACUUUUCACCCAGAUGGUUAGAGAGUCUUCAGGAUAUACCCUGAGAAGCUUCUGUUUGACAUCUUCUGAACGAUCUGAAGCGUUCCUCUGCUGCUGGUCCGGAGGCACAAACUGGGACCAGCCUAAGCAGAGAGGCCGCUAAUGUCCCCACUUAAGUGUCCCUUUGAUGUGACAUUAGGGCAGAAAAGGGUCUUGGAAAAGUCCCAUGUGGGCUCUAUGAAAGCCGCUCUGGCAGCGGACACACAAAAGGGCAGGGCCCCUCCUGUGUGUGCUGACAUUUAACGCUUGAGGGUUUUUCUUGUGUCUGAGCUGAUUAGCGCUAAAAUAAUACAGGAACAGUCAGCUGUUCCUGUCAAUGUGUCUUCUUUUCACCUUUGCACUGAAGGUGUGUGUGUGUGUGUGUGUGUGUGUGUGUGUGUGUGUGUGUGUGUGUGUGUGUGUGUGUGUGUGUGUCAUUGUGGGCGUCUCUGUGAGUAGCGCAGCCUUCCCUCGUCAGGCCACUCCCGGGAAGCGCACUGCUGCUCCGCCUCGCACACGGACGCACGGACGCUGUCCUCGCGCGCCUCGGCUGCUGUGCGCUCUUCUCCGUCCGCGCGCGUCUUCUCCUCUUUCUACUGUCCGGAUCUAGGGGGGGCGGGGGUGUCGAGGUGGAGGCAUGUAGCAGAGGAUUCACGGCGCAGAGCGAGCAGCAUGUAGCAGCACCUGGAGCUCCGCGAACAUCGCCCGCCUCCCUCCUCCUCCGGCUCCUCUGCCCUGCCGGAGCGCUCGUUGCUCCUCUCGGGCUGAAGCAUCGCCUGCACCGGGAUCUUUCCGAGGAUUUUUUUUCUGUAGGGGUGGGUGGGGGGUUUGUUUACUGCACGGGAGUGUGAGCGUGUUCCUCCCCGCCGCUCUGCACCUCUCGGUCGAUGGUCGUUGGGGAAGCUUCCAUCUUGAGUCCCGUGUCUACCGAGAGAACCAUGGCGAGCGACUCCCCGGCACGGAGUCUGGACGAGAUAGACCUGUCUGCACUACGGGACCCAGCUGGUAUCUUUGAGCUGGUCGAACUGGUUGGGAAUGGCACCUAUGGGCAGGUCUACAAGGGUCGCCAUGUCAAAACUGGCCAGCUCGCUGCCAUCAAGGUCAUGGAUGUCACAGGCGAUGAGGAGGAGGAGAUUAAAGCCGAGAUCAACAUGCUGAAGAAGUACAGCCACCACAGGAACAUAGCAACCUAUUAUGGAGCCUUCAUCAAGAAAAAUCCUCCAGGAGUGGACGACCAGCUCUGGCUGGUGAUGGAGUUCUGCGGGGCCGGCUCGGUGACAGAUCUGAUCAAAAACACCAAAGGGAACUCCCUGAAGGAGGAGUGGAUCGCCUACAUCUGCAGAGAGAUCCUCAGGGGUCUGACCCACCUCCACCAGCACAAGGUCAUCCACAGAGAUAUCAAAGGCCAGAACGUGCUGCUGACGGAGAACGCGGAGGUCAAACUCGUGGACUUUGGUGUGAGUGCUCAGCUGGACCGUACGGUGGGACGGAGGAACACGUUUAUUGGGACCCCGUACUGGAUGGCCCCGGAGGUCAUCGCCUGUGACGAGAAUCCUGAUGCCACGUAUGACUUCAAGAGUGAUCUGUGGUCGCUCGGUAUCACAGCCAUAGAGAUGGCAGAGGGAGCGCCACCUCUGUGUGACAUGCAUCCAAUGAGGGCGCUCUUCCUCAUCCCCAGAAAUCCUGCCCCGAGACUCAAAUCAAAGAAGUGGUCGAAGAAGUUCCAGUCGUUCAUAGAGAGCUGCCUGGUGAAGAGUCACAGCCAGAGGCCGAGCACCGAGCAGCUCCUCAAGCACCCCUUCAUCAGAGACCUCCCCAACGAGCGGCAGGUCCGCAUCCAGCUGAAGGACCACAUCGACCGCACCAAGAAGAGGAGGGGCGAGCGAGAUGAGACGGAGUACGAGUACAGUGGGAGUGAGGAAGAGGAUGAAGAGAGGGACAUAGGAGAGCCCAGCUCCAUCAUCAAUAUUCCGGGCGAGUCCACGCUGAGGCGAGACUUCCUGCGUCUGCAGCUGGCCAAUAAGGAGCGGUCGGAGCUGAUCCGGCGUCAGCAGCUGGAGCAGCAGCAGAACGAGGAGCACAAGCGCCAGCUACUGGCCGAGAGACAAAAACGUAUAGAAGAGCAGAAAGAGCAGCGGCGACGGCUGGAGGAGCAACAGCGUCGCGAGCGAGAGCUGAGGAAGCAACAGGAGCGAGAGCAGAGGAGGAGGUAUGAAGAGAUGGAGCAGCUCCGCCGCGAGGAGGAGAGGAGGCACGCCGAGAGAGAGCAGGAGUAUAUCCGUAGACAGCUGGAGGAGGAGCAGAGGCAGCUGGAGAUCCUGCAGCAGCAGCUCCUGCAGGAGCAGGCUCUACUGCUGGAGUACAAGAGGAAGCAGAUCGAGGAGCAGCGGCAGGCCGAGCGGCUGCAGAGGCAGCUGCAGCAGGAGCGGGCGUACCUGGUGUCGCUGCAGCAGCAGCAGGAGCCGGCGCGACCGCCGCAGGACAAGAAGCAGCUGUACCACUACAAGGAUCAGGCGCCCAGCAGCAACGACAAGCCCACCUGGGCCAAAGAGGUGAUGCGUCGAGCUCAGAGCAACUCCCCCCGCAUCGCCCCAAAGAACUAUAACUCCUUCACAGAGAAGCAAGACAUCAACUUUGAAGAGCUCCUCAAGCUCCCUGGGUACAAACCUCGGCCCCGUCCCCCCUCCUACCCUGUCCACGUCAGCCCCACCAGACAUCACAUUCACACACCUCGAAUCCGCAUCACCUGCGUCCCCGAGCCCGCCUACUCUGAGCCUGUGGGGUCCCGGAGGAGCCCUGACAGGAGUCCCGACAGGAGCGCUGACUCCAGGGGCCGCAGCCCCAGCCGCUUGCAUAAAGUCUCCAACCGGAUCUCCGACCCAACCCUGCCGCCUCGCUCCGAGUCCUUCAGCAGCGGGGGCAUCCAGCAGGCCCGGACUCCGCCCAUGCACCGCUCCAUGGAGCCACAGGUUCCUCAGAGGACGACCUCCAUCUCUCCGGCUUUGGUCAGGAAGAACUCUCCUGGAAACGGGCCAGGCCUCGGCCCGCGGGCCGGCGCUCACCUCAUACGGGCCAGCAACCCUGACCUGCGGAGGCCCGACAUGUACUUGGACACUCCCCUGAAGAGAACAAGCAGCGGCAGCUCCUCCAGCUCCAGCACCCCCAGCUCUCAGGGAGGCUCCAACGAGCGCGGUAAUUCAGCCUCUAAGACUGAAGGCCACGACGCCAAAGACGACAACAGAGAGAUAACCCGACCCAGCAGGCCUGCAAGCUAUAAGAAAGCUGUAGACGAGGAUCUGACGGCUCUGGCCAAAGAGCUUAGAGAGCUGCGGCAGGGCGAGGAAACCAGCCGCCCGCCGGUCAAAGUGACUGACUACUCGUCGUCCAGUGAGGAGUCCCACAGCAGCGAGGAUGAGGAGGGAGAGGGCGGGGCUAACGAUGGAUCCGUGGCCGUCAGUGAUAUCCCACGCAUCAUGCCCGCUGCGAGUCAGAGCACCAACGAGUCCUUCGGCACAGCGGGAGAGCACAACGACACCAACGAGGACACGUAUGCAAACAGCUCCCAGGACAGCACCAUGGUGAUGCGUGAGAAACACAGGGAACGGAGGCGGAGCUCAACCGCCAGCAACGGUUUCCCCGGCAAACUGUUCUAUGGCAGCGCCAAUCUCCCCGAUUUGGUGCAGCAAAGCACCUCCCCCCUGGUCUCUCCAGGGGAUGCCUCUGGGGUCCAAUUUGGCAUGGGAGGCAGCGGAGGCUCCAAGUCCUCCUUCACGCCAUUUGUUGAUCCGAGGGUGUACGGGACCUCCCCGACCGACGAAGAUGAUAAAACCUCAGCCUCAGCGCUGUUUGCUGAUGAGUUGCUGAAGCAGGAGCAGGAGCAGGCGAGGCUCAACGAGGCCCGCAAGAUCUCCGUGGUCAACGUCAACCCCACUAACAUCAGGCCGCACAGCGACACGCCCGAGAUCCGUAAAUACAAGAAACGCUUCAACUCGGAGAUCCUCUGUGCGGCUCUCUGGGGAGUGAACCUGCUGGUGGGAACGGAGAACGGCCUGAUGCUGCUGGAUCGAAGCGGUCAAGGCAAAGUUUACAACCUGAUCAAUCGAAGGCGCUUCCAACAGAUGGACGUCCUGGAGGGACUCAACGUCCUGGUCACCAUCUCAGGGAAGAAGAACAAGCUGCGGGUUUACUACCUGUCCUGGCUGAGGAACAGGAUAUUACACAAUGACCCUGAAGUGGAGAAGAAACAGGGUUGGAUUACAGUCGGGGACCUGGAGGGCUGCGUGCAUUACAAAGUCGUGAAGUACGAGAGGAUUAAAUUCUUGGUGAUUGCUCUGAAGAACUCAGUUGAGAUCUAUGCCUGGGCACCUAAACCUUACCACAAGUUUAUGGCUUUCAAGUCUUUCACUGACCUGCAGCAUCGCCCCCAGCUGGUGGACCUGACUGUAGAGGAAGGGCAGAGGUUAAAGGUCAUCUACGGCUCUAGUGUUGGCUUCCAUGUAAUUGAUGUGGAUUCUGGAAAUCCCUACGACAUCUACAUCCCCUCACAUAUUCAGGGUCAGGUGACCCCGCACGCCAUCGUGGUUCUGCCCAAGACGGACGGCAUGGAGAUGCUGCUGUGCUACGAGGACGAGGGCGUCUACGUCAACACCUACGGACGCAUCACCAAAGACGUGGUGCUGCAGUGGGGCGAGAUGCCCACCUCCGUCGCCUACAUCCACUCCAAUCAGAUCAUGGGCUGGGGAGAGAAGGCCAUUGAGAUCCGGUCCGUGGAGACGGGACACCUCGACGGAGUUUUCAUGCACAAGCGAGCUCAGCGACUGAAGUUCCUGACGGAGAGGAACGACAAGGUCUUCUUCGCCUCGGUGCGUUCUGGAGGCAGCAGUCAAGUCUUCUUCAUGACCCUCAACAGAAGCUCCAUGAUGAACUGGUAACCCUUCCACCUCUUGGACCCGCAACCCUUGUUUUCUUCACCCUGAACAUUGGCCACUGAGGGAUGGAGGGAUGACAGGAGGACGGCGUAUGUGUGUGUAAAUGUGUGCGUGCGUGUGUUUGUGGAUAAACGGACAAUUGAGCAUCAGGAGAAAACUGCAGGAGUGGGCCCACCCCACACACACCCCCCUCCAGCUGCAGGGGGCACUACAGGGCCCCCGCGGACGGUGCCACUGCCUGCUGAGCAAAGGCGACUCCUCGUGCUGUCGGCGGACGACGCCUCCUCCUGCCCUGCAGGCCAACGGCUGCUGUGGACAUGCCGAGUAGCCUUCGACCUCCCCGUUCGAUUGAGUGAGGAGCUGCAGAGUGUAGCACAUCAGUGACUUUACAUCACAGCAGUGUUCACACUGCGGGCACAGCGGCAGGUGGCCUGGCGUGUGACAGUGAAAGCUGGUACUGCUUCUUAUACUGUGAUUAAAUUAGGUUAGAAGCACGAGCGUCCACACUAAGCCUGCUGGAUCUGACAGUUUUGUGGAUUUGAGCGCCACCAAAUGAACGUUGACGAUCGUGAGGAUGUUUUGUCACCUGCACACAACGUGGUUUCUGGCUGCCUUUAAGUUUCUGCUGAGACAAACUAGUCCCUCGAAAUAAUCGCCUUCCUUUGUCUCGAUGCACAUUUGACUCAGUAAGAAGUGAGAGGGGUGCGCACAGACGGCUUUAUUUAAGGUAGUGUUAAAAGAAUAGAGAUCAUGGCAAAGACUUAUUUAUAGCCAAAAGCGACUCGCUUUGCAGAAUCUUUCAAAUAAAGAAUUUCAGGCUUUAGAAGAAGUUAAAAAAUCCUCAGAGAGAAAUUGUUUUGUUAGUUUCUCAAAAGCAGAGGAAGAGAUAUGAAUGACGCAGUGGAAAGAGAAUUAGUGUGACCUUAACCUCCCAGGACCUGGCGUCCACAGAUGUGGCUUAUUUAGACCAAAAUACUCAAUU